UCCGGAUGAUGAAGUACAGCCUUCAGCCGGGGGGCAUUUAAGACGCAGAACACUCGGCUGGUCCCCAGCCACGGCUGCAGGACCCAGGGGCAGGCCUUGACAGGCUCGGGGGAAGGAGGGAAGGAAGAAGCCACCCUUGAGAGCAGAGGCAACAGCAGCAGUGGCCACAGCACCGCUCCCCUGCCUGUCCCCACCGCCUGGACACCAUGUUUCUAGCCACAUUCAAGCUGUGUGCUGGGAGCUCCUACAGACACGUGCGCAACAUGAAGGGGCUGAGGCACCAGGCUGUGCUGGCCCUCGGCCAGGAGCUGAACCGGAGGGCACUGGGGGGCCCGACCCCGGGCGCGUGGAUUCACCAGGUUCGGCGUCGGAGUUCUCUGCUCGGUUCUCGGCUGGAAGACACCCUCUACAGCGACCAGGAGCUAGCCUAUAUCCGGCAGGGAGAGGAGGCCAUGCAGAAAGCCCUGGGCAUCCUCAGCAGCCAGGAGGGCUGGAAGAAGGAGAACCAGCAGGCGAAUGGGGACCAAGUACUGAGUAAAGUGGUCCCAGAUGUGGGCAAGGUAUUCCGGCUGGAGGUGGUGGUGGACCAGCCCAUGGAGAGGCUUUAUGAAGAGCUCGUGGAACGCAUGGAAGCAAUGGGAGAGUGGAACCCAAAUGUCAAGGAGAUCAAGGUCCUGCAGAAGAUUGGAAAAGAUACAGUCAUCACCCAUGAGCUGGCUGCAGAAGCGGCGGGAAACCUGGUGGGGCCCCGUGACUUUGUGAGCGUGCGCUGUGCCAAGCGCCGAGGCUCCACCUGUGUGUUGGCUGGCAUGGCCACACAUUUCAGGGAGAUGCCUGAGCAGAAAGGUGUCAUCAGAGGUGAGCAUGGUCCCACGUGCAUGGUGCUCCAUCCCCUGGCUGAAAGUCCCUCAAAGACCAAACUCACCUGGCUGCUCAGCAUUGACCUCAAGGGAUGGCUGCCAAAGACCAUCAUCAACCAGGUCUUAUCACAGACCCAGGUGGAUUUUGCCAACCACCUGCGCAAGCACCUGGAGUCCAGCCCUGCUCCUUAAGCCAGGUGUAAAGGACCAGCCUGCUCCUUCCAACUGGUCCUAGCUGCACUGGCUUGCAUGCUCAUCAGGAAGAUCCCUGCUAGAAGCCUACAAGUCUGUUCAAGAUCUUCAUCUGGGGACUGUGGGAUGGGGUGGGAGUGUAUUUAGAGGAGGACACUGGGACUCAGAUUGGUAACAUUUUAAGACCAAGAAAAUGGGGACAAGGCUUUUAAGAGAAAGAGCUUUCUAACUUCAAUGAUUAGCUGUGAAAUGAAGAUUAAGGGCCCCCAAAUAUUUGUAGAACUUCUGGGCCCUUACACAUCUAUUUUAAAACAUCUUUAAAAUGGUACUGGCUGAUAUAGGGUUCAGAGGGUGCUAAAUACAAGGGUUGGGACCUUAUCCUUCAUUGGCUCACGAGCUCCAUUCCCUGCAGGCAGUGUGUGGACAGCAGGGUCUUACAAAAGUGACCCCAGCAACCCUCUGCCCCUCUACCAAAUAGGUAGCAAGCUGCACCAAGACCAAGCAACUCCCCACAGCAGGUGCCUUCUAGAAAUGUAGUCUACAUUUUCUUGAUUGAAAAAAAAUAGAAAACGAAUUAAUCCAGUUCUACUUCUUCCAUGAGCAUCAGUCAGAAUAAAGAAUCAAAACUGACACAAAAACUUCAGUCUGUACCUGGUUAAAAAUUCUACUCUUAAAAAGAAAUCAUUCUAGUAAAUUGCAACUUCAUGCUAAAGGAGUUCUGGACAUUUUAAUGAAACUUGAUCCCCUAGCUCAUUAGAAGGAAAAACUACUGAGCACUUAGGUCACUCAAUUAUUUAGAAUCUGUGACCAGGAUCUUUCAUAAGGGUUUAAUUUCCAUGAUAAGCACAAGCCUAAAUCAAUUCUUAAAAGAACUCUAGAACUGGGAGCUGAUUGACGAGCACUGGAAGGAUUACGACUGAGGAUUUUUAUUUACCUAAUUAAAAGAUCGGAUAGGACCAAAUAUAAGAGAAUGAAUGACAAAGUUGAACAGAAACAAAUUUUAUUUUCCCCAGAGUGAAUGUUGAGACCUAAAAAAGGAACCGAAUCUUUACUUCAGAGCCGAUUAUAUCAGCUUCCAGCUUGGCUCAGGGCUGCCACUUUCUCUGCCUUUAACAGGCCAGUGUUUUACAACAUCUAGAGGGGAUGGCUGAAAGAGGUGCUAUGGUGAUGGCAAAUUCCCUUCCAAGAUUUAGAGAAUUUAGGCUUUAAAAAUAUAAACUGGGAUGGGAUUCCUUUGCUAACGAGUAUGGGCAGGAUGAAAAACCAUUACCACUUGAAGCUUUUCCAUUUGGGUUCUAAUAGCAUUGAUGAUUUAAAGCAUUUGGAAAUAGAGCCCUAGCUUAUUUAAGAGCUCAGCAGGAGCGGGAAUGCUGAUAUUUAUUGAGCUAUUGAAAUUUUACAGCUCAGAGAAGUAUUUAUUAUUUAUUCUGAUCGUUUCUUAGAGUGGUCUAUUUUUAGCAUAGCUCAAAUUAUUGUUGGGGUGCCUGGAUGGCUCAGUUGGUUAAACAUCUGCCUUCAGCUCAGGUGAUGAUCCCAGGGUUCUGGG